AUGGCACUAAACCUGUUUGAUCAAUUUAUGAGCCCCUCAUACCUAGGUAUCCCCCUAAUUGCAAUCGCACUCACACUUCCAUGAAUUCUUGUUCCUUCGCCCUCAAAACGAUGACAAGACAACCGCCUAGUUACACUACAAAAUUGAUUUAUUAAAACUUUUACACAACAACUACUCACGCCCCUAAAUCCCGGAGGACACAAAUGAGCCCUUAUUUUAACAUCCCUAAUAAUUUUCCUCUUAACCCUUAACAUCCUUGGGCUCCUUCCUUAUACCUUCACCCCAACAACUCAACUUUCCCUAAACAUAGGCCUAGCCGUACCAUUCUGACUUGCCACAGUAAUUAUUGGACUACGAAACCAGCCCACUGCAGCCCUAGGACACCUUCUACCAGAAGGAACCCCCAUCCUACUUAUCCCUAUCCUAAUUAUUAUCGAAACUAUCAGCUUAUUUAUUCGACCUUUGGCCUUAGGAGUACGACUAACAGCUAAUCUAACAGCUGGUCAUCUAUUGAUUCAACUUAUCUCCACAGCAACCUUUGUACUAUUACCAAUAACAGCAACAGCAGCCAUCUUUACCGCCACUCUUCUAGCCCUUCUUACCCUACUAGAGGUAGCAGUAGCUAUAAUUCAAGCUUAUGUAUUUGUUCUACUACUAAGCCUUUACUUACAAGAAAACGUCUAAUGGCCCACCAAGCACACGCAUAUCACAUGGUUGACCCAAGUCCAUGGCCUCUAACAGGCGCAGUAGCUGCUCUCCUAAUGACAUCAGGCCUUGCUAUCUGAUUUCACUUCCACUCAACCACAUUAAUAACACUAGGUUUAAUUCUGCUACUACUCACAAUGUAUCAAUGAUGACGGGAUAUUAUCCGAGAAGGAACCUUCCAAGGACAUCAUACACCUCCGGUCCAAAAAGGCCUACGAUACGGAAUAAUCUUAUUUAUCACAUCUGAAGUCUUCUUCUUUCUUGGAUUCUUCUGAGCUUUCUACCACGCCAGCCUUGCCCCAACCCCAGAACUCGGAGGAUGCUGACCUCCAACAGGUAUUGUUACCUUAGACCCUUUCGAAGUCCCUCUACUUAAUACUGCGGUCCUACUAGCAUCAGGCGUAACAGUAACCUGGGCCCACCACAGCCUUAUAGAAGGAGGACGAAAACAAGCCAUCCAAUCUCUUACCCUAACCAUUCUCCUGGGAUUCUACUUCACUGCCCUCCAAGCCAUAGAAUACUAUGAAGCCCCUUUUACAAUUGCAGACGGCGUUUAUGGCUCAACAUUCUUUGUAGCAACAGGUUUCCACGGACUACACGUUAUUAUUGGCUCUACCUUCCUUGCAGUAUGCCUACUCCGACAAAUCCUAUUCCAUUUUACAUCAGAACAUCACUUUGGAUUUGAAGCAGCUGCCUGAUACUGACACUUCGUAGACGUCGUGUGACUAUUCCUAUACGUCUCCAUCUACUGAUGAGGAUCUUA